UUCAUACGUUUGUGGCCUCGAAGCUUUGGAGGCCAUGAAUUCACCCCCAAACGGCCGUCCCUCCCCCUCAAAUUUCCUCCAUUGGACACUGACCCUCCUCCUCAAAUUCACCAAACCUUUGAUUUUCAGUUUCAUUUAAAUUCAUUUAUCAAUAAACACCUUUUUGUUUUGAAAUUUGUAUUUUGUUGUUGUGAACUGUAAACCACUAACGCUUAAGCCUAUCAUCUUCAAUUUGGUUUGGUCCGAAAACACAUUGAGCCUUCACUUUCAUUUACUGUUACGUCUCAAUAAAUUUCAGGGUUUAUAGAAAUGGCAAUGAAAAGGCAAUCUGAGAAGUUCUCAGCAGAUUUUGCUAUGGGAGGAGCAGCAGCAGUGAUUGCGAAAAGCGUAGCGGCUCCCAUAGAAAGGGUGAAGCUUUUGCUUCAGAAUCAAGGAGAAUUGAUAAAGAGAGGGCAGCUUAGGAGGCCAUACGUUGGUGUUGGUGAUUGCUUUAAAAGGGUAUUAAGAGAGGAAGGUCUUUUGUCUUUCUGGAGAGGUAACCAAGCUAAUGUCAUCCGGUAUUUCCCUACUCAGGCUUUCAACUUUGCGUUCAAAGGUUACUUCAAAAGCAUUUUUGGAUGCUCAAAAGAGAAAGAUGGAUACCUAAAGUGGUUUGCUGGAAAUUUGGCUUCAGGAAGUGCUGCAGGGGCAACCACCUCGUUGUUUCUAUAUCAUUUAGAUUUUGCACGUACACGCCUAGCAACAGAUGCAAGGGAACAUUCAGUUAAUGGUCAGCGCCAGUUUAAAGGGUUGAUAGAUGUUUACAGAAAAACCCUAUCAAGUGACGGAAUAGUAGGCCUUUAUCGAGGAUUUGGGGUUUCGAUAAUUGGAAUCACCCUAUACCGGGGCAUGUACUUUGGGAUUUAUGACACUGUGAAGCCUAUCGUCUUGGUUGGUCCAUUUGAGGGUAAUUUUCUAGCUAGUUUCUUUUUGGGCUGGAGUAUCACAACAGUCUCUGGCAUUUGUGCAUAUCCAUUUGACACUCUUCGGCGGAGAAUGAUGAUGACCUCCGGACAACCCUUAAAGUAUCGCAAUGCGAUUCAUGCCUUCACUGAGAUCCUUCGCCUUGAAGGUUUCACAGCAUUGUACCGAGGAGUCACCGCAAAUAUGCUCCUUGGUGUUGCAGGGGCUGGAGUUCUCGCGGGACAUGAUCAAUUGCACCGAAUUGCAUACAGACACGGUUACUGUCUCGAACCACGCCAAACGGUUUUGAAGUGAAAAUUUGGACAUGAAUUUGGAUCUGUAUACUAGUAUUCCAUUUUGGUGGGUUUAUGCCUGGAAAUGGCAAAUUCCAUGAAGCAAAAAAGAAAUAAAAGGCUGUGAAAGCAAAGGGAGGAAAUGCUUAUCUUACAUGUAUAUUCCUUGUACAGUUAAAUUACAUUAUAUCAUUGUUAGCAUUGCGAAAAUGGUUGAAUUGUAGCUCACUAGAUUUGAUGGUUAUGACUAUGUACAAAAGAAGUAAAAUUCAUUCUUUCCAAAA